GAGCAGCGGGCGGCCGGGCAGCGCGAGUGGCCGAGCGGGCGGCGGGGGCCGCGGAGCGAGCGGCGUCCCGACCUCGGCGCUCCGAGGGCGGCGGAGGUGCGGCCCGGAGCCAUGGUGAUCAUGUCGGAGUUGAGCGCGGCCCCCGCGGGCUCGGGCCAGGGACAGCAGAAACCUCUCCGGGUGGGCUUUUACGACAUCGAGCGGACCCUGGGCAAGGGCAAUUUCGCGGUGGUGAAGCUGGCCCGGCAUCGAGUUACCAAGACGCAGGUUGCAAUAAAAAUAAUCGACAAGACACGAUUAGAUUCAAGCAAUUUGGAAAAAAUAUACCGUGAAGUUCAGAUCAUGAAGCUUCUGAGUCAUCCUCAUAUCAUAAAGCUUUAUCAGGUUAUGGAAACAAAGGAUAUGCUUUACAUUGUCACCGAAUUCGCAAAAAAUGGAGAAAUGUUUGAUUACUUGACCUCCACCGGGCACCUGAGCGAGAGUGAAGCCCGCAAGAAGUUCUGGCAGAUUCUGUCAGCUGUGGAAUACUGCCACAGCCAUAACAUCGUCCACCGGGACCUCAAGACCGAGAACCUGUUGCUGGACGGCAACAUGGACAUCAAGCUGGCAGAUUUCGGGUUUGGGAAUUUCUAUAAGCCAGGAGAGCCUCUGUCCACGUGGUGUGGGAGCCCCCCGUACGCAGCCCCGGAGGUCUUCGAGGGGAAGGAGUACGAAGGCCCCCAGCUGGACAUCUGGAGCCUAGGCGUCGUGCUGUACGUCCUCGUCUGCGGGUCUCUUCCCUUCGACGGGCCUAGCCUGCCGGCCUUGCGGCAGCGGGUGCUGGAGGGCCGGUUCCGCAUCCCCUUCUUCAUGUCUCGAGACUGCGAGACGCUGGUCCGCCGCAUGCUGGCCGUGGACCCCACCAAGCGCAUCACCAUCAGCCAGAUCUGGGAGCACAGGUGGAUGCGGGCCGACCCCGCCCUGCGGCAGCCCACCUGCCCCGUCUUCUCCUUGCUCGGCUACGCCUCCAGCCUGGGCAGCUAUGACGAGCAGGCGCUGGGCAUCAUGCAGACGCUGGGCGUGGACCGGCAGAGGACCGUGGAGUCGCUGCAGAACAGCAGCUACAACCACUUCGCUGCCAUUUAUUACCUCCUUCUGGAGCGGUUGAAGGAGCUCCGGCUCGCCCAGCCGCCGGCCCGCCCCGGCCACGCCUGGCAACAGAGGCCCCGGAGCUCGGACCUCAGCGGAUUUGAGGUGCCUCAGGAAGGCCCCCCCGGUGACGCUUUCCGCUCCGCCCUGCUCUGCGCACAGCCCCAGACCUUGGGGCAGUCUGUCCUGCAGGCCGAGCUGGACUGUGACCUCCACGGCUCACUGCAGCCCUCGCUCUUCCCCGUGGACACCGGUUGCCACGGCAUGUGCCAGUGGCGCUCCGUCUCCCCCAGCAGCCUGCUGGACACGGCCAUCAGCGAGGAGGCCAGGCGGGGCCCGGGCCUGGACGAGGAGCAGGUCGCACGGGGGCCCCCGCCUGGCAGCACCGGCCGGAGACACACGCUGGCCGAGGUUUCCACCUGCUUCUCCCCACGCAUCCCUCCAUGUAUCGUUGUCUCCCCCUCCGCGGCCAGUCCUUCCGAAGGCACCAGCUCCGACAGCUGCCUGACCUCUGCGGGUGACGGCCUGGCUGGGCUCAGCGGACACCUGGUCGCUCAGGGGCUGCUGAGCGCCUGUUCUCCGCUCAGACUGGCCUCGCCACUCCUGGGGACCCAGUCCGCCACCCCUGUGCUGCAGGCGCAGGGGGCCCUGGGAGGAGCCGCCCUGCUCCCCGUCAGCUUCCAGGAGGGCCGGAGGGCGUCAGACACCUCUCUCACUCAAGGGCUGAAAGCCUUUCGGCAGCAGCUGAGGAAGAACGCGAGGACCAAAGGCUUUCUGGGGCUGAACAAGAUCAAGGGGCUGGCUCGCCAGGUGUGCCAGCCCUCCUCCAGCCGGACCUCGAGGGGCGGCCUGAGCACCUUCCAGCUGCCCGCACAGAGCCCGGGCCUGCACGGCGGCGGGGCUGGCGGCCGGGAGGGCAGGAGCCUGCUGGAGGAGGUGUUGCACCAGCAGAGGUUGCUCCAGUUACAGCACCACCCGGCGGCCCCACCCGGCUGCCAGCCGGCCGCCCAGCCCCCCCCAGCCCCCUUGGUCCUCGCCCCCUGCGAUGGCGCCCUCCUCGUGUCGGGACUGCGGAAGGAGCUGGGGCUGGGGCCUGGCCUGCUGCUGCCGCCCCCGCUGCUGCAGGCCGGGGGCUCCCACGUGGCGUCGGCCGCCCAGCUCCUGGACGCCCACCUGCGCAUCAGCAGCUCCACGGCCCCCGGCCCUGCCGCCGUGGCCCCCCAGCCAUGCUUCGCCACGCUGUCCCCGAGCCUGGAACCCGCGGGGCUGCCCCAGGGGGACUGUGAAAUGGAGGACUUGACCUCGGGCCCGCCGGGCACCUUCGUCUUGGUGCAGUGAGGGGCCCGGCCGGGCUGUGACUUCUCGAAGCAAUAAUUUCAGAGUAUGUGAAGACGUUUCCGGACUCAAAGCCAAGAACUUUUCAGCAGGAAAACAAGCAAUACGUUUGGUGUUUUGGCUUUUUAGUUUAUAUUUUGUUUGAUUUUUUUUUUUU